AUGGGACGAUACGCAGGUGCGGGCAACCCAUCUGUAACACCACUUCAGGGACCUAUUCUGCUGCGAAAUGGGUCAGUUCCAGUGGUUCCCCUGACUUCAUAUCCCACGGUCAACAAUGGUUCCUUCUAUCAAAUACCCAUAUUAUGGACUGCUCUGUCACUUGCUCUUGGCUACGAGCUCCAAGGCCAAAUUAUCAGGGGAGUGCCGUGCGUCAAACGGAACUAUCAACUGUAUUGUCCUACCGCUGGCAAUACUUAUCCAUUAGACAAGAUCGAAACGUUCAUAGACGAGAACAAAGCCUUGAUCAAACGGAUGUACGGGUCAUUUAGCACGCCGGCGGGCAGCCGUGUGCGGCGGGCGCCGGGGGUACCGGACCUUCACGGGGAUUUCCCGGAGCAUUCUGGGGAUUCCUACUUCAGGCAUGUGAGGCAGGCCAAGCCACCGCUGCCUGAACCACCCUCCGUCAACAGCACUGGCAGGAUUGACGCAUGUGAAAGUAAAACUGAAAUAAUGACACCUUACUGGGCGCUUAAUUCCGCAAGGAAGCUCCGAGCUAUAGUCAACACAAUGCACUUCGAGCAAGCCAUCCAUCAAGAAGUUUGCAGCAAAAAGUCAACGGCAAGAUGUACGGGUGACUGCGGGUGCGAACAAAAAUACAAAUGGCAUCGGCUCUUAGCUUAUGACCCCAACGACGACUGCGCGGGAAUAUUUAUGGACUGGUUCUUGUUUCCUUCGUGUUGUGUGUGUCGUUGCAAGCCAUAGAUUAUCCUAAGCAUACUAAAAAAAGGUGUAUACUCCUUGCUCAAGGUCAGACAAUGCUCUUGUAUUUCCGUGCAUUCAAGAGAGCAUGAAACAGUGAUUUUUAUGACCGGCUCGUUCGUAAUCGAACUAUUCUAUUCCAUAAAAUAAUAAUAAUAUUGCGACUGCAAAUCCAUAAUAUUCUGAAGAUCUUGUUUUUCAAUAGUUAUUCAUACUAGUACCUAAGGCUUAAUACGAAAUGAGGCUACGACUAACGUCUCUCACACCUUGUUAUUCUUAUUAUGGGUUUAUUGUCGGGUUGCCAACCUUAAUCUAAAAUAGAGUAGGUAUGAUAAAAUACUCUUUUUUACACAAUGUUUACUAUACUAGUACCAGUUAUGUAAUAUUAUGCAAAUCCAUUUUCAUAACCAACAAAGUCGACUAUUUAGUGUUCUGUUAACAAAAAAUAUCCUUUUUAAAAUAUAAAAUAAAUGAUUAAGCGAAGCUGAGCGGAAUUUCCACCGGGUGACUCCAAUUGAUUUCUGUGUUAAAUUGUUUCUCGGCCAUAUCUGGACCGAUUUUAAAAUGUUUAAUAACUCAUAGAAAAAUAAUAAAUAAAUAAAUAAAUUUCGGCUUGAUUCAAUUAUUAUAAUUAAAAACAAACAUGAUUUACAAAUUAUUCUAAAUUAGCACGCACUAUUUAUAUUUAUUUAAAAAUUCUAUAAGCACCAGCUUUUGUACACCGCAGCGAAGCGUACGUCGAGCGACUGCGGCAUCCUAGUUCUCUUUAGUCUUUUCUGGAAGUCCGUAUUCUUUAUUUACCUCCUUUGAAAUCAUAUAUAAACUCUAUUUCUUCAAAUGAAAAUUGGCAACCCUAGCUUAUUGUAAUAAUAAUUUGUACCUAGAUUUUGAUAAAUAUAUUAAACGUUCCUUAUAUAGUUUUAUGAGGCUAAUGUUGUCAUUGUAUGUCCUGUAACCUACGUCUAUUUCUACAAUUCUUCAAGAAUGGGAAAGAUUCGAAAACAUAUUCGAAAGAGGGUGCUCAAAGUACCUAUAUUGACAUCUGUCAAUGUCUUUAUUGAGUUUUUUUUUCUUUGCCACUGCACACAGUAUGCGCAUUCAGCCAUUAUUGAGGUUAAUCUUUUUUAUGUUGUAGAUUAAAGAGAAUGUAAAUACUUCGUAAUAAGAGGUGGGACUGCCUACGUAAAAAUUGAAAUUAAGUUAAGUUUGAAACAUGCAGUUAUUUGACAUAAGUUUGAAAUAGUAGUAAUUACAGUAUGGCGAUUGGCGAUGAAGUAUUAUCCGGCGAACAUACGUAUUAUGAAAGCGAACAGUUGCUUAAAACGUAGUGGAUUUUGGCUAUCUCCGGUUUUUACAAGAUUACAGCCGUCAUCAGCUGUCAAUCUAUCAAUGGCUACAUGUUUCAUACAAUCGAGUGAAUCGCUUUUUUCUUUGAGGGUUUCGCUAGGCUGGUCUUUUAUUUAUCGCAAUCUAUAUCGCGUGUUUAUAGUAGAUACUAUAAACAGUAAUAGAUAGAUGUCUUAUCAAAUGAAAGUAAUCUUCCCUAUUAUAGAGACAUUGCUUUACGAUACAUUUAGAAUAUUUUGUAUUUUUUAAAUAUUUUAUUUAAUUAAAACCUAUUGUAUAGCUAUAAACUAUUUUCAUACACCUUAAUUGCUAUGAAUAGUUAUAUAUUGUACAGUCUAUUCGAGUACCUUUAUUAAUUUAAGUUUUAACAAUACUUAUAAGUGUUUCAAGAUGGCGACCGCUAUGUAUACGUUAUGUAUUCCUAGUCAUAGCUUUCGCGUUGCAUUAGGCUUUACCUACUCAAAAAAUGUUAUUAUUAUUGUAUCUGUCAUUGAAUAAAGAAUGAUAAGACCAA